UUCGCUUACCAGGAAGUUUUGUCUGAGAGGUUCCGAGCCUCAGCAAUGGCUCCAGGGUGACUUCUGGGAUCCUCCACGUUUCCCGAUCCUAGUGAAGACAGGCAUACCAGGCUGGGGACAUGGACCUGUCAGCUGGGCUCCCUGUGCUGCUGCUGCUGCUGUGGUCCAUGGCCCCGCAGGCGCGGCCGCUGCGGUCUCAUUCUCUGUACUACCUCUUCAUGGGUACCUCACAGCCAGACCUUGGGCUGCCUUUGUUUGAGGCUAUGGGCUACGUGGAUGACCAACUCUUCGUGUCCUACAAUCAUGAGAGUCGCCGUGCUGAGCCCCGGGCCCCAUGGAUCUUGGGUCAGACCUCAAGCCAGCUGUGGCUGCAGCUGAGUCAGAGCCUGAAAGGGUGGGAUCACAUGUUCAUUGUGGACUUCUGGAAUAUCAUGGACAACUAUAACCACAGUAAGGUCACUAAACUGGGAGUGGUGCCCGAGUCCCACAUCCUGCAGGUGAUCCUGGGCUGUGAGGUGCAUGGAGACAACAGUACCAGCAGCUUCUGGAAGUAUGGGUAUGAUGGGCAAGACUACCUUGAAUUCUGCCCCAAGACACUGGACUGGAGAGCAGCAGAGCCGGGGGCUUGGGUCACCAAGGUGGAGUGGGAAGAACACAAGGUCCGGGCCAGACAGAACAAGGCCUACCUGGAGAGGGACUGUCCUGAGCAGCUGAAACAAUUCCUGGAGCUGGGGAGAGGGCUUCUGAGGCAGCAAGUGCCUCCUUUGGUGAAGGUGACUCAUCAUUGGGCCUCUGCAGGGAGCUCUCUAAGGUGCCAGGCUCUGAACUUCUUCCCCCAGAACCUCACUAUGAGGUGGCUGAAGGACAACCAGGCACUGGAUGCCAAGGAGAUCAACCCUAAGGAUGUGCUGCCUAAUGGAGACGGGACCUAUCAGAGCCAGGUGACCUUGGCAGUGGCCCCUGGCGAUGAGACAAGGUUCACCUGCCAAGUGGAACACCCAGGCUUGGAUCAGCCCCUCACAGUCACCUGGGAACCGCUGCCACCGUCGCGGGCCGUGAUUGCUGGAGCCAGCAGCGGGAUCGCUGUUUGUGUCUUCUUCUCUGUGGGGAUUUUGUUCCUGAUCUUAAGGAACAGGAAGGCUUCAGAAGAAACCAUGGGUGACUACAUCUUAGCUGAGCGUGGAUGACCCUCAGCCUGCAGACCCAUGGAGGGGAGGAGACUCAGCCAGACUUGAGGAAGCACUCUUGCUCCAUUCUAGGACAGAGCUGGACCUAAUACACAGAAACUGCCCGAGGGACUCUGCCCUUAGCUUUCCCUGUUUGCUUUGUUAAAAUGUUUCCUCCAGUCAAGCCGUUGAGUUCCAGAACAUCUCAGACUGCUCCAGAUGCAACCUCUCCCUCCAGAACUGGUGUCAUGAAUCUCCAGCUGCUUCUAGAGGCAUCCUUCAUUUCCUCCAUGCAUCUAGACUCCAUAUGUCUACUUCUUAAAAAGACUCUCUGAAUUUGGGGAAUACAGGAUUCAUUUCACAUCUGAAGAAGCUAUGAAUCUUCAUCCCGGAAUGCACACACAUACUUGUGCCAGAAUUUUGCACAUGUGUCCUAGAAUCCAGGAACCAUUCCUCUGAGCCUCUUCAUCUGUUAUCUAGUGAAUACUCCGUCACCAAGCUCUGACUUCUCUGACAUUGGAGGGUUCCAUGGGUCAUCGACACAGCUGAAGGCUACACACUGUACAUCCUGAGGAGGCACCCUCUGAGAAAACAGAGAUGUCUGUGUGCAUAAUGAUGGCUGUGUUCAUAUUUACAAAGGUGGUGAAGGGAUUUUCAAAGAUUAGUAUCAUGUGCAUUUGUGACAUUCUGCCAGUGAAUUACCCUCUCUUCUUGUCCUGAUCUCAGAAAUUAUGAAUGGUUCUUUUAAUAAAGUAUGGCUUGCACUUGUGAAGAAGUGCUCACUAUCAUACUCGGCUCUGAUCACCUGCUAAACAUAAACCACGGCUUGGGAGUCCUAAUGUUUCUAUGAAGUGAAAAUGAUUAGCUGCACCAACAUCCUUUCUCUUUAGUUGCAGAAAGUGAAGAAUACAGUAUCUCACAGCUCUCCAGACAGACAGACAGACAGACAGCUGGGAGAGUGUCAUUCUUGCUCUUUGAUGCACCCCGGGUACCACUGCACUGGAUUAGUUGCAGGAAGUGAGUGGGGAAAGGAGAAUAUGACUCUUAACUUGUCUCCUGCGCUUUCUUCUCAGUGAGUUUGACCCACAUGAUGAGAAAUGGCUGCCGACAUUUUCCAACCCUCAGCUACCAGGACUCCUUUCAGUCUCCUGUUUCCUCUGGCAUCUGUCUUUUAGUUCACUUAACAAGUUUAGCUGAUCUGUCUGGUGUCCUUGAAGCUUAUGCCUCUGGACUCAGUACCUUCAGGUAACUGUCCUGGCAGCCAAGAAUAAUCUGUCAGUCUGUUUCAUCCUAAGGAAUUAAAACAGAAGCUGGCAGGUGGCCUGGAGAAUGCUGGGAGUUGACGGGGUCCACUGCUCAUUCCUAGUUGUGCACAUUAAAACAAAGAAUGUCAUCUAACUAGACAACUUAGUGCUAGAUUGCAGAAAAGACCAAGCCUGAGUUUGUAUCUUGUUUGUGUAAGUACACGUAUCUGUCUUCAUUUGUGUGUUCAUAUACGUGUACUUAUGUAUGUACACGUGUGUGGGCACAUGUCUCCAUCUAGGUGGCAUGUUUUCAUUUUCCCCAAUGGACAUAUUUGUCUGCCAUAUGGCUGUGCUAUAAAUUCCAUCUUAAAGACCAAAGGCCUCAGACCAACAUUUGAGCUGGGACCGCAACUCUUUUUUUCUUUCUGUUUUGGCCCUUAUUUUCUGUUUGUGAAAGUUAGGUAGAAAAUAACAGUAAAAUUUGAGUUAAUCAUUGAAAAUAGAUAAACGUGGAGCGAUUGUUUCCUCAGUGAGUAUCAAACUCUACGAGCAGCUGGUAUAUUGCCUUGCUAUCACUCCCAUCAAAAUGCGUGCAACUAAUAAACACAUGAUUUGGUAAAUAUGCCAUUAUAUUUUAUACUACACAGCUUUAUUAAUAUUCUUGUUCACCUUAUGAAUGUAGUUAACUCAUCAUUUUAAGGACAUUUAUAUCACUUCUAAUUUUCACUUUGGUUAGGUUUAAUUUUUUUUUUAAGUUGGACACCACAUAGUCGAGGAUAGCAUCAAACUCCCCAGGGACUCAGGCUUGCCUUAAACUACACCUCCUGUAAUUGUGAUCACAGAUUUGUACUUUUCUCUUUGUGUUUUAUAGAAUGUUUUCACUGCACUGUGAUAGCUAGAUCAACAGAUUUCCUCUGCCGUAAGGACAUUAUCGUCUGAGUUGUAAGCAAGUGUUUAUUUAGCUACAAGCUGAGCUGAAAGCACACUGUGUUUUAUUCCCUCUAAAUAUCACUCUGUACAUAGCAGAAUGACACAGGGCUUCCCCCACCUCAUUGAGAAAUGCUACAGUUAACUAAAACAUGGUAUAAUAAUUACACCGUAUGAAUGAUACAUUUGCA